AUCCCUUUUUAAAUCUUUAAUUUCAUAGUCAUACUCAAGCUCGAUUUCAAUCAUUAAUAGUGUAAUAUAUGUAACAUCAGUAAUACGUCCUAUUACUUAUGUAGCCACAUAGAAAUAAUGCUAUGACUGACAACAUAUAUUGUCCUUAAAUCAUAUGACAUAAAAAUAUAUUGAUACUGGAUCUAUCUUACAUUUUCUCUGUGGUUAAAAUGGAAUCGUCAACUCUACUCUUUGGAAUGGUUGAAUGUUGAGUUGAAUCGCACAAUCGCAUAAUCGCAGUGCAGACAACCUUUUUUCGUAUUGAAAUCAGAACUUCAUAUACACUUCGCGUCGUUAGGAUGUAAAGAUCACGGACUAUUGAAUUUACGGCUGAUUUAAAUAGAAGACCUUUGAAAACAAUUCGAAAUGUUGUGUAAUUAGUAACCUACGAAUAAUGUUAAUAUUUACGCAUUUUAUUUGAUGCAUUUCUAUAAUCUAGAGUCAUAAUGGAUCAAGAAUUGAUUGAAAAAUUUAUAGAAGUGACGGGGGAGAAUGAGGCAACAGCUCGCCAAUAUUUGUCAUUAGCUGAUGGAAAUGUGGAAACUGCAAUAAGUUUAAUGUUUGAUGGUAGUCAAGCACCUGAACCAUUAUGUACGGCUGAUCCGGAACCAGAAGUGAGACCUCCUAUUUUACCUGUGCAAGAAGUAUUAGUGCCAUCUGGUCCAAUAUGUUCCCUUCCAAGAUUAUCGACUAAUGUAUUUGACAGAUUUAGGGAUUUUGCAGUAGAAACCCAACGACAAGAAGAAGAAAUGACUCGGAAAGUAGCUGGUGUUAAACAAAUAUCCUACUGCAAAUCAAAAAGAUUGGAAGAUUUAUUUCGUCCACCAUGUGGUAUUCUCUUCCUGGGUUCCUUUAUGGAAGCUCGUGAACACGCUAAAUCAUUAAACCGUUGGUUACUUGUAAAUGUUCAAAAUCCUCAAGAAUUUUCUUGCCAAAUCCUUAACAGAGAUGUAUGGUCUAAUCAACAGAUUCAAGGAAUUAUAAAGGAUCAUUUUGUUUUGUGGCAAGUUUUAUCAAAUACAAGUGAUGGAAGUCGUUAUGUGCAUCUUUAUGAUGUAUAUGAAUAUCCUUAUCUAGCAGUAAUAGAUCCUAGAACAGGAGAAUGUAUGAAAACUUACAAUCAUAUUACAGUAGAUACUUUAAUGUCUGCAUUAAAUGAUAUGUUGAGCUCUCACUCAUCGCCAGAAUGUGUAUCAAGCAACUCAAUUCAUUCUAAAAAAUGGAAUAAUUGUACUGCCACAGCAACGGAAGGAAGUUCUACAUCUAAUUCAUCAGAUUGUAGUAGUAGUAGUACUACUGUUAAAGCGUUUAAGCACACUAUUGAUAAUUUAAAUGAUUCAGGUAAUAUAGAUAUUAAGAAUGAUAUGACAACUAUUCAAAGUUCAAGUACAAGUAUGUCAGCUGAUACAUUUGGAAACAUAACUAAAAAAAGAAGGAUGAAUGAAUUGGGCGAAUUAAACGAAAAGAAACAAGAAAUAGAAAGUUCAAAGGACGAACGAUCAUACGAACUGAAGUCCACUCUGAGCAAGAAAACUGAUAGUACAUCUGCUAUAAGACUUUGUCUAAGACUGCCAAAUGGUAAGAAAGAAACAAUAUCAAUGUCUGCUACAGAUACUAUAGAGGAUUUCAUAAAUACUAUGAAGAGUAUGGGUUACUCAUCAACCGAUCAUACUUAUUUAGUGCCGUUUCCAAAAACAAAUAUUGGAGCACUUUCUCCACAAAUAUAUUUAUCGGAUACGAUUUUAUUUCCAGCAAAUACAGUAUUUAUAACGAAGAUAUAGUAAUCUUUGGUUAGAUAAAAUAUAGACAAAGUAUUUCCUUUUAACUACUGCAUUAUGGAAUACAUCAUAAGUUUGAUAAAAAUUGCGUAUCUUAAUAUAUAUAUUAAAGACACUGUCAUAUUCAAUUACCAUUUAUGUGUAAUUGUAAUAAUCCUAUUUGUCCUAAACAAUUAAGUGAAUGUCCUAAACAUUCACGACUAUCGUUAUAAUAGUCACAUUUCAGUUAAAUAUUUUCAAUUAAAUGUGCAAUAGAAUGAAUCAUGACAGUUUAACUGACUUUUAUACAAAUAGCAACAAAGUUAUAACAUUCAUUUUUAAUGACAGGAAUUAGAAUGCAUCAAUAUAAAUUUUGAGAAACUUG